CCAAACUUUUGUUGAAUCAUUUGAAAACAAGCCCUAUGCUGUGGAAGAAUGAUCAGAGAAACACCAGAGUUUGUUCUGGGGACGCUGUGCAGAUGACACAGAUUCUACCCCUGCAUUCCCACUCCGGCAAUUUGCAGGGAACUAACAGCAUGUAACAAAGAUGUGUAAAGCCAUUUUAUGUCUUUAUUUCCACAUGGAAGAUAUCUUCAUUGUUCAUGCUAUAACUUUCUUACUGUAGACUGAGAACACACUACCCUGUCAUGCAGUGGGCAGCAUUUUCUCUGAUAUCCACUUUGUUUUUAAAACAGAAAUUACCUCUAACCCCAACAUGAACUGCAGUGUUUCAGCUCUUGCCUCUUGGGGAAGUUGGGUCUUCUGCCUGUUCUUCUGAGAUCACAAGAUCAAAGCAUCAUGUUUGCAGCACACCUGCACUUAGCAGGAAAGCAUCAUGGCUUAAAGGAAGGUGGCCUUCUUUUGCUGCAGGACAGAAGGGCUGCAGCUCUCCAGGCCCUGUUUCUCCCUAGCCAAACAAGGACACUGACCCUUCACCCAGUCAUGGGGAACACCUGAGGCUCUCUGGUAAAGCAGAGCUAAUGUUUAAUGGCAGAAGGAGAAGAAACCAGGCAGAGCUGAGAGGUUUUAGCACUGCACAGCAGCAAAAUACAGUGAGUAUUCCUGCUGCAAGUCCUGUACUUAGACCUGAAAGGAUUAAUGCAGCUUAAUCUGCUGUACAAAGGAGAAACAGCUGCAGGUCAGCCCAAGGCCUGGCUGUUGGUGCUCUUACAGAAUUGCAAUUUGUAGAGGUUGAAAGAGGCCGCUGGAGAUCAUGUAAUUCCAAACCCCUGCUACAGCAGGUUCCCUAGAGGAGGUUAUGCAGGAAAGUGUCCAUACAGGUUUUGAGUAUCUCCAGAGAAUGUUGACUCCACAGCCUCUCUAGGCAGCCUGUUCCAGCACUCUGUCACCCUCGAAGGAUGUUUUCCCCCACGUGCAGAUGGAACUUCCUGUUUCAGUUGGUUCCCGUUGUCCCUUGCUUUGUCACUGAGCACUGCUGAAAGGAGCCUGGUCCCAUCCACUUGACUCCUGCCCUCUAGAUAUUUGCAAGCAUCAGUGAGACCCCCUCUCAGUCUCCACUAGGCUGAGCGGUGCCAGGUUUCUCAGCCUUUUCUUAUAAGGGAGAUGCUCCAGGCCCCGCAGCUCUCAGUGGACGCCUCAGGGCAGAAAGAGAUCACCCACCCGGCCGGCAGCAGACCCAGCCGCGUUACACGCCGAUCGCACAGCGCAAAACAAGCCCCUACGCCCUCGAGCGCGGCGCCCUAUGCCCACGUCGUCCACACCGUUGCUCCUCCAUGACGACAGGGGGGGCCCGUGCUCAUCUGCUCCCCGAGGAAGGCCCGGCCUCGCAGGAAGAGGGGUGCUAUUGGGCCAGCCUGCUGCCGGCCCCGCCUCUUCCCUGAUCACACGGCCCUCUCUCGGCUUCGGCGGAGUGGGGUUGCGUGCUCGUUUUCUGAAGUGGCGGUUGGGGCGGCUAAGAGGGGGGGUCGCGCUGCAGCUCGUGCUGGCCCGCCAUGCACCCGCGGCGCCCCGAGGGCUUCGACGGCCUGGGCUACCGCGGGGGCGGCCGGGAGGAGCCGGGUCCCGGUGUCAGGCCCUUCGGCGGCGCUGCGGAGAUGGGUCACUGGGUGACCACCCCGCCCGACAUCCCCGGCAGCCGUAACCUGCACUGGGGGGAGAAGACGCCGCCGUAUGGGGCCGGGACGCCCCUGGGGGUCGCCGGUCUCAACGAGGAGCCUAGCCUCGGGGCGGGCGGGCCUGGCGCCGAGCAGUUGAACAGGUUUGCAGGCUUUGGUAUUGGCCUUGCAAGCCUAUUUACAGAAAAUGUGUUGGCACAUCCUUGCAUUGUCCUGCGUCGUCAGUGUCAGGUUAAUUAUCAUGCUCGGAAUUAUCAUCUCACUCCAUUUACUAUUGUCAAUAUUAUGUACAGCAUCAAUAAGACACAGGGUCCAAGAGCUCUUUGGAAGGGAAUGGGCAGCACUUUCAUUGUUCAGGGCAUAACCUUGGGAACAGAAGGCAUCAUCAGUGAAUUUACACCUUUACCAAGAGAGCUUUCACAUAAAUGGAACCUCAAACAGAUAGGUGGACACCUUCUACUCAAAGGGUUAACACAUGUGAUAGCAAUGCCUUUUUAUUCUGCAAGCCUAAUUGAAACUGUACAGAGUGAAAUCAUUCGAGAUAAUCCUGGAAUUCUGGACUGUGUGAAAGAAGGAAUCGGCAGAGUUGUAGGCAUGGGAGUACCCCACAGCAAGCGUCUCCUUCCUCUGAUGGUCUUGAUUUUUCCAACUGCUCUACAUGGAGUUCUUCACUACGUCAUCAGUUCCAUCGUCCAGAAGUUUGUUCUGCUUUUUCUGAAAAGAGAGAAUUCCCACAGCCUUCCAACAGAGAGCUCCACUUCUGUGCAGAGCAUGCUGGAUGCAUAUUUUCCAGAACUUAUUGCUAGCUUUGCUGCUAGCCUUUGUGCUGAUGUCAUGCUUUACCCACUGGAAACAGUUUUACACCGCCUUCAUAUUCAAGGGACACGCACAAUAAUUGACAAUACAGACCUUGGCUAUGAAGUGCUUCCGAUCAAUACUCAAUAUGAGGGAAUGAGAGACUGCAUUAAUACUAUAAAACGUGAAGAAGGAAUGCUAGGUUUUUACAAGGGAUUUGGAGCUGUUGUAGUACAGUAUACCUUGCAUGUGGCUGUUUUACAGCUUACCAAAAUUAUUUACUCAACACUGCUUCAGAAUGUUUCUUAAUCUGUUCAGGUGUGGAUUUAGCACUGUGGACAUGAUACAAUUAUACCUUAUUGUUAAAAAUUGAGUUGAAAAUUAAGUUGGAAGAAUCUACUCUGGAUUCUCUCUACAUAGUAAAUCUUUUAAAAAUGGAGACUUCUAAAUAUCAUUCAAAAGUACAAUUUAAAUUGAAAAUGAUAAAUUAAAUAUAAUAUGCAGUCAUACACAAGGGGAUCAGAUUUCAGAUAUGGCUGGGAUGAGCAUUUACUUUCCCUCUUACGAGUGAACUGAACUAAGGAAUGGAGAUGAGUUUGUAAUCUCUGCUCUAUGAACAUCACACCUGAUAAUUUGGACUGCUAGGCAGUUUAAAGGAAUUUUUUUAAGUUGUAAGAACUUUGAAGUGGGAGAUGACUUUACUGGUCUUUUUAAAGUGUUUUCAGCUUCACUUUUAAUGGACCUGCAAGUAACAUAAAACUGUAAAAUUAACUUAAAUAGACACAGGUCACUGAAUUUCCAGGUAUGUAGACAUCUUAUUUUGCUGCAGUGUAGCAGAAGGUGAAUCUUCUGCUUCGUACAAAAAUAACAAGAACUUCUUUGGGGAUAAAAUUUCACAGAAUGUAAUGUGUAGCUGUCUUAUAGUUUGUUCCCAAAGCUUACAGUAACCAAAGCGUGUGAAUAAAGCAAAUUAGAAGCCAGUGUGUGCAUGUGUAAGAGCCAUUCAUAGUCAACUUUCCACUUGUAACUUAAGUUUCAUUCUGCUACUUUGUCUAACAGUAGAAUAAGCGUGCAAGUAUAUUAAGUGUCAAUGUUCAAAAUACAUUGAAAGCAUAAAAGAUUAACUGGCUGUUUUUAAGAGUUCCUUUCCUUAGACUGGAGGAGUAUAUACAGAAUUACCUACUUAAGGUUUAGCACUGAUGUCCUUUGCUUAAGAUCUCUGCUGGAUUAGAUAUUUUUGUGAAGCAGAACUAAGUGUUCAUAUGCAGGUAACUACUGAAAUGUAACAUUUUUCCCUCUUCCCUCAGUAAAUCAAGGCUAUUGGUCUGGAAACUAGUUUUUAUCAUAAUAAAUAAAUUACUCCUUGGUUUCAUCAAUAAAUAUGAUGAAUACCUGGGGGAGAGAGGGGUGAGGGGAUGGUUUUAGCAAAUACAGCAAGCAUGUGGAGAGUCACUUUUAAAUUAUAUGAAAGGCUAUUACCUUCUUCACACUUCCUUGUGGCGAGUCUUUAUCUUUGAAUUCUGUAAAUUGAUGUUCAUUUAAUCUUUAAGUGUUGUAUAGUGUUUAUCGUUAUGGAAGGUAGUCAUGGCAAAUAAUGAAAAGGUGUUGCUAUUUGUAAGCUCUGACUUGAAAUCAAUUGCAAGUCUGCAUUAUUAGUAAAGUAACUUUCAUGUCUUUUAAAUACAUAAGUGCUGAAGUGGACAGUAUACUGAAGAUGGGAACUGGUUUCAUUUUGAAAUAUUGUUAAUUGGAAAUCUAGUGUAUAGAAUGGAAGCAAUCGAAUAAAGUGAGAAUUCACUAAAUAUUUUCAAGUAAUUCACUGGAGAGGCAGCCAGAAGAAUACUGGUUUGUAUAUUAUGUUGUAUAUACUCUCUAGUGGCUGUUUCAAAUUGCUCCCAUUUCCAAAGUGCAAUAAUAUGUUGAAUUAAAACUACAUGCAAGAGCAUGGGCAAAAUA